GGCGGCGGCGGCGGCCGGAGCCCGGAUGCGGCGGCGUGCGACGGGACGGGAGGGCGGCGCGGAUGGAUCCAACAUGGCGGCGCCGAGCCUGAGCCGAGAGAAGAGACCUGGGAAAUUAAGUUUCUUGCAAAGUACGCUGGGGAUCGCAGUCGCCGCGCAGGGAUUCUGGAAAGCCUCGCGCGCCUGAGCCCCCAGCAUGGCGGGCCUGAAGCGGCGGGCGAGCCAGGUGUGGCCGGAAGAGCGCGGCGAGCAGGAGCACGGGCUGUACAGCCUGCACCGCAUGUUCGACAUCGUGGGCACCCACCUGACGCACAGAGAUGUGCGCGUCCUUUCUUUCCUCUUUGUUGAUGUCAUCGAUGACCACGAGCGGGGCCUCAUCCGCGACGGACGUGACUUCUUACUGGCGUUGGAGCGCCAGGGCCGCUGUGAUGAGAGUAACUUUCGCCAGGUGCUGCAGCUGCUGCGCAUCAUCACGCGCCACGACCUGCUGCCCUAUGUCACCCUCAAGCGGAGGCGGGCCGUGUGCCCCGAUCUUGUAGACAAGUAUCUGGAGGAGACAUCCAUUCGCUAUGUGACCCCCAGAGCCCUCAGUGAUCCAGAACCGAGGCCUCCACAACCCCCCAAAACAGUGCCUCCCCACUAUCCUGUGGUGUGCUGCCCCACUUCGGGCCCUCAGAUGUGUAGCAAGCGGCCAGCUCGAGGGAGAGCCACCCUUGGGAGCCAACGAAAACGCCGGAAGUCAGUAACGCCAGACCCCAAGGAAAAGCAGACAUGUGACAUCAGACUGCGGGUCCGGGCCGAGUACUGCCAGCAUGAGACCGCUCUGCAGGGCAACGUGUUCUCUAACAAGCAGGACCCACUGGAGCGCCAGUUUGAGCGCUUUAACCAGGCCAACACCAUCCUCAAGUCUCGGGACCUGGGCUCCAUCAUCUGUGACAUCAAGUUCUCCGAGCUCACCUACCUCGACGCAUUCUGGCGCGACUACAUCAACGGCUCACUACUAGAGGCGCUUAAAGGCGUCUUUAUCACAGACUCCCUCAAGCAGGCUGUGGGCCACGAAGCCAUCAAGCUGCUGGUGAACGUGGACGAGGAGGACUACGAGCUGGGCCGGCAGAAGCUCCUGAGGAACUUGAUGCUGCAGGCACUGCCCUGACCUUCCCUCUCUCCGCUCGGGGGACUAGUCCCACCGCCCGCCUCUGGGGCGUACAUACUGUUCUGGGGUUUGUUCUCUGCCCUUCCGACCAAUCACACCCCUGCCUUUUUUUUUUUUCUUUUUUAAAGGAAGAGACGAAAAUGGAAGUGGUGUUCCCCACCCCUCCCUGCACCCACAUGCCUGGGCCUCCCCUUUGUUUCCCUUUUCCACGUACCCUCCUAAUGUGUGUCUCUACAGCCGCCUUGCCACUGAGCCGUAAGACAAACGCAGAGGGAGAAGCAAAGGCUACGGCACGUAGUCUCUGUAAGGGUCGGAAGUGAACACUGCUUUUGGGUGCGUUGCGGGGUUAUCCGUACUUCUGGCUUUAUGAGGGCUCUUCAGUUUUGUCUGAAAAAACCAAAGGGCUGUGAGUAAGGGAGCUGUGUGGAAGGUGGGACUCUGAAGUGUAUUUUGGAAAUGAAUCACCACCCUCUCCCAAAUUAUAGAAUUUUUAAAAAAUGAAGCUGUGGCCCUUUCCGCGCUCUCCUGGCCUCUGGUGCUGCUCCUCUCCGCCCUGUCCCCUCCGUUGCAGGGCUGCAGACCUCUGCCUGGGGCGGCUUUGUCCUUUGUCCCCUUUGCCAAACCCUCUUCAAGGGAGGACUGGGUAAGAGGACUGGGUCAGCCACGUUGCCCCUCCCGACAGGGCGGACGGAGAAGGGGGUGCUGAUUAAAGUCCGCUCCCCCUGAGAAGGGCAAGGGGGAGUGUGAGACGUCCCUUCCAUGUUCAAGUGAAAAUAAAUCAUGUAGCCUGCAGCCCUUUCCCCUUGGCUUUCUUCUGGCUGGGGCAAAGGGCAUCACAGGUGCAAACAAAGCCGUUGA